UAUCCCUGGCAGCCGAACCGAGCCAUCUUUUUGUUUGACAAAGGAAACCACUGUCCACGCCCCCUUCUUCCAGCAGCGAAAUGGGAGGACAACACGAGGAUGCUAAGCCCUCUGCUUCGUGCCCCUCCGUGGUAGGAAACAAUUACCCCGUGUACUUGAGCAUCAGUGGCGCUGAUGCUGGCACUGGCUUUGUCCAUAGCCUCUACGACAGACUCAACGACGUGGGCCUGAGGAUCCGUCCAAACUUCCGGUCCAGAGAUGACGACGACCUCCCCUCCGGUAAGGAAUUUGCUGAAGAUCUUAUCAGUGCAAUCACGCACUCUAAGGUUUCAAUCCCAGUCAUCUCCAAAAAUUAUGUUGCGAGUGAAUGGUGCCUCCGCGAGCUCAUUCAUAUAAUGGAGCGCGUGGAAAGUGGAGAACAAAAGGUCUUGCCCGUGCUUUACAAGGUGGAAGCCGAGGAUGCCCGCACACUAAAGGGGGCCUUUGGAGAGGCCUUCCAAUCCAGUAUGCAUCUUUUUAAGGAGGAUGUCAAGCAACGAGGGAAGGAAGCGCUCAAAAAGGCAGUUGCUUCUACAAUAUUCGAAUCAGAGAAAUUUGCCAGAGGGCGCGAAGGUGAAUUAGUUAAAGAACUAGUAGAAAUAAUCAUGCGCGAGCAGCAAGAUGAUUUUCCACCAUCUCUUCCCAUGGACUUGGUUGGAAUUGAUGAUCAAGUCGCUGAGGUUAGGAAAUUGGUGGAUACUGCUUAUCCUGACGCUCGAAUUAUUGGGAUUUAUGGGACAAGUGGUAUUGGAGGGCUUCCCUUAGUUCUCAUGGUUAUGGGUUCACUUCUCAAAGGAAAAGAAGAUCAAAGAGUGUGGAAAGAGAUGCUGGAGAAAUUGAGGAACGUGCCCACUACAGCAGUACAACAAAAGUUGAGGGUAAGCUACAACACACUAGAACAUGAGGAACAACAGAUGUUUUUAGAUAUAGCAUGUUUUUUAAUUGGUACCGACAAAAGAAUUGCCUCUUACUUGUGGGAUGAUCUCAAGUUUUUCCCACUUUCCGGAUUGGGAAAAAUGUUCACACGUUCGUUAAUAAAGUAUAAUGAUGACAAUGAGUUGAGAAUGCAUGACCUACUAAGAGAUCUAGGUAGAAGUAUCGCCCGUCCUGCGGAUAAGAAGCCUUGCGAUUGUAGCAGACUAUGGGACAAGGAAGCUAUGGCGGUUCUAGGAAGCGAGCAAAACGAAUAUAUUGAGGCACUACGUAUGGACGAAAAUGGGUCAAGCAAGUUCAUGGAGCAGGACAGCUUUAAAAGAUUGCCUAAACUGAAGUUCCUUCAUGUGAGUGCUGUGGAUUUUGCUGGACAUUCAGAGGAAUCGCUUUGUGAAUUAAGAUGGCUAAAGUGGGAGAGCUGUCCUCACUCACUCAAGGCGACCGGUGUUCAUUUGGAGAAAUUGCUUGUGUUUGAUUUAUCAGGUGGUAAUAUUCAUGAAAAUUGGGAAGGAUGGGGUUCAAUCAAGAUGGAGAGGCUGAAAGUUCUUAAUCUCUCAUCGUGCUCCAAUUUAAAGACCACCCCUAAACUCUCCGCAUUUAAAAGUUUAGAGAUGCUGAUCCUGGAAUAUUGUCAGAAUUUGGAGGAAAUCGACCCUUCCGUUGGAGAUGUCAAGUGCCUUGUUUCCUUGAACUUGAGGUACUGUGGGAGUCUGAAGAAGUUACCUGCCCAACUGGGUCAACUAAAAGAAUUGGGAGAACUUCUCAUAGACGAGACUGAUAUAAAAGAAAUCCCUCCAUGUAUAGGAUCUCUGAAGAAGCUGAAGAUGCUUAGUGCUGUUGGUUGUGGUUUGCUGACUCAGAUUCCCAGCUCAAUAAGCCGUCUGGUAAAUUUGUCAACCCUGAACUUGACCACCUGUAAAACAUUACAAGAACUUGGCUCCUUCAAGGCUCUUGGGGAAUUGCGGCGCUUGUAUUUAGUGUGCUGCUACAGGUUGAAACAGCUCCCUUCUUCAAUUGGGGAGUUGGAAAAGUUGGUUGAGCUGGACUUGUCACAUACAAGAAUUAAGGAAUUACCCGAAUCCAUUGAGAAAUUGAAGAACUUGAAAAUUCUGAGGAUUUCUCAUAGCGAGAUAGAAAAGUUACCGAGCUCUAUUGGAAAAUUGGAAAGCCUCCAAAAGUUAGAUGCCUCAGGCUGCCAUAAACUAGAAGGACAAAUUCUUGGUGACAUAGGUGGAUUGUCUUGUCUACGGACCCUAUAUUUAGGUAAAGCAAGAAUUUCUCACUUGCCAGAAAACUUUGGUAAGCUUUCUACUCUCAACCACCUUGAUUUACUUUACUGUAGUGAGCUUGAGUCACUGCCAGACCCUCCUUCUGGCUUAUCAUCCCUGCAGCUCACCUGUCGGAGCAACACACUUCCUUCUCUCUCUCACCUAAGUAAUCUAAAGAAGCUCACCCUUCACUGUUGCAUGUUUCUUGAAAGUAUCCCUGAGCUUCCCUCUAACAUACGCAAGCUUCAUGUUUGGAAAUGUCCUAAGUUGAAAAGAUUGCCAGAUCUUUCGAAUUUGAGAUCCUUGAUGGAAAUAGAGCUCUUGCAAUGCUAUGAGCUCUUGGAAUUCAAUGGUCUGGAAGCUUUAGAAUCCCUAACAAAGUUGGACGUAUCUACUAGCACACAGUUGCUCAACCUCAACGACUUUGAAGAUUUGGAGUUGUGGACUAACUUAGACCCACAAAGCUAUGAUGGAGAGGCAGAUAAUCUCCACGAGUUACGAGGGAUUAGCCACUUAAAAUCCCUGGAAGUGUUGAAUAUCUCUGGACGCAAGCACAUUCAACGACUGGAUCUUUCGAAAUCGGAGCAUCUGAAACGAUUGAUUGUUAAUAAUUGUGAAAGCUUAAUUGAAAUUCACUGUCAUGAUAAGAUAGAAUCCCUUGAACACUUUGAUAGAAAUGGGUGCAAGUCACUCACAAUACCAGACUUUUCAGCAUGACUAUAAGAUGCAAGCGGUGCCAAAAAAAAAUUGAGCUGAGAACACUGCACCACAUGACAGAAUUAUGAAGAAGAUUCAAAUUAUGGCAGCAUGAUGAAGAUCUGAUUCUGGAGAUCGCUGAAGUCUCCUAGUGAACAUAUAUAUGUUUGGUCAUUGUUUGAUGAUGACAAUGUCUACACCUCAGAGGCUUUAAACGAACAGAGGAUGUUUACUGUAUUGUGGCUGAAAGUGUCAGAUCCAAACCAAAAGUAUGGAGACCAUCCUUAAAUCAACUGCGUUGCUUUCAUGUCCUAUGGAUAAAAAUGACAAGUAACCAAUGGGGAGCUAGACAGGAUUUGCUUCGCUGCUAGUGAAUGGAAUUGAAAAUUCAGUCCUGCAAUAACCAGUUGUGGUUUCAGCUAGAAAUGUGCACCAUUUUGGCUAGGCUGAUGGCAGGGACAAAAUCUUUGGAGCUCUCAGGUAUUACCCAGCUUUUUAUGGCAGUGAAAUGAAGUGGGAGGAGCUGUGCAUAUGAUUUUAAAUUCUGUGGAGGGCUUAAUUGUUACUGCCUCAGAGGCAAGGACUUCCAACUACAACUGUAAAAUUGACAUAGGAAUAGCUCAUUGACAAUAUUAGGAGUGCUGAUUAACUUGGAAGAUACUAGUCAUGUUCUUUUAUUAUCAUUUGCACGAUAGUUUGAUGGGUGUCUUUGAAUCCUGAUGAGAGAAAUCGUGUUCUUUUAUUAUCAUUUACACAAAGAAUAACAGAAUGAUGGAGUAAUACAUAUGCUUCAUGUGGAAAUGUGAAGAAUAUUUGCAUGAUGGCAGCACGACAAAGAUCAGAUUCUGGAGAUCGUCUGUGGUUUGUAGUAAAUGUAAAUAUAGCCGGUAAAGUAUCAUAUUCAGUUGUGAGUACCUACUUCUCAAUAGUAUUUUCAGUUUGGCAUGGGGCUUUACAUGUCAAUGUUGGUUUUCUGUCUUAUUUCAAGGAAUCUCGGGGAGAUUGGUUGACCACAUGAAUGUGAUGCUUCAGCAUCAUCUGGUUCAUGAUCCUGGUGGGAAUGAAAAUAGAAAAGAAUGCCUUUGAAGUACAUUGCAUGUCAUUAUACAUCAUCAGUCACAAAGAAAGACUCUUCAUCCUUGACAUGACACGAAUAUGUUCUUAUGCAAACAGAGAGUAUUACCUUUUUCCAAGUUCUAUUAAAGUUGGUUUCCUAGAGCAUAGGAUGUUCAUCAUGUGAUUCUUCGAUUCAUUCAUGCAUAAUAAAAAAAGAUCUUCAUUACUUGUUAGGAAAAAUUCCACCCAAAAACUUAAUCUAUUAGUUAGAGGUAGAGUGCAUGUAUAUAACCCCCGUUGAAUCCCUUUAUUCAACCAAUGUGGAAUAACACUUCUAAGAAUUGAUUCAUCAUGGCAACUACUCAUGUCUAUGUAGUUUUGAUAGCAUACUUUUGGUAGGUUAGAUCCACUUAUUCUGUCAUGGAUUAAUAAGCCACUAGAGGCACAAUCAUAAGCUAUUUACUUUUCUCGAAUCCAGGACACCGAUGUCGAGAUGAUGAAUUUCCAUGGAUCUAAACCUCGAGACAUAGAUUGCUCAAUCUGAUGGUGGAUUUAUGCCCUGAUCCCGUCAAAGACGAGAACUACAGUAUCUCUUGUCAAUGUCUCGAUCCGAUGGUGCGUGUGCUAUGCAGAGCUUGAAUAAGAGUGAAUAAAGGCUACGCUGACAAAACUUCAGGCGGACGAUUGGGGGAACUUACUGAUUGAUGUGGGUGCUUUAAGCUCUGUUCCUUUUUCUUUUGAGCAGCUGGAGGCAACCAGCGCGUUUGACAUGGACGCCGAAAAGAGGAGGUUCAUGGCUUUGGAGACUCGGAAAGAAAAGCGGUUGUGACGGAUUUGGAAAGCGACAAAGGUUGUGCGUUUCUUUACAGCUCGCUCAAGGGCCGUGAAUUCACGAGGAGACAGAGGGACCGCGGAUUCAGUGAGCAAAGUAUUUGAGGCCUCUGUUUUUCUCUGUAUCUGUUCCUCCAUGGAAUAAUAAGCAGAAAAGGAGAAGAGGAAAAGGCAGAGAGAGAUAGACGUGCGUCCACGGUUCACAUGAGAUAAAAAGACCGAUUUUUCCACUUGCCAAACACGACGAUUGGAAAAGCCACCAAUCGAUGCAGCACAAGCGUGAUUACAUGUCGCAAUGCAUUGCUUGUGACUCUAAUCACGAAACUACGGUUCAUCAUCCUUCACCAAAUUAGCUGUGAAUGAAGUGGUUUUGGUCAUUUUUCAUUCAGAUCUAAUUGAGAUACAACCCCGUUUGUGAAUCCCGUUUGUGACUUGUAAGGCGUAAUAUGGGGUUAUUUCCUUUUUUUCUUUUCAAUUUUCUCCUUGUCAGUUGUUCUUUCACACCCAAACAAAACCUUUUUUUAUACAA